AUGAGUUGGAUAACAAGAGUGGUGUUGACAGUUUUUCUGCUCGUGGUAACCCCGGCACCUGUUGCGCCCAGUACCACGACAGGACCGCCCAUAUGCAAACAUUCGUUUGUUAACUUAGGAGGGUCUUGCUACAAAGGUGUUAAAGUUGCAGCAACGUGGCCAGAGGCGCUGGCGUACUGUGAGGUGUUUGGAGCAGAGCUAGCAAUCAUCACUUCCCAAGAAGAACAGACCGCUAUAGAAGGAUAUCUCGGCUCUUUAAAUGAUCCUGAGUAUGGUAGUGACAAAUACCAUCAGUACUGGUUCGGAGCAAAUGAUAUAAUAACUGAGGGGGACUGGAAGUGGGCAGUUACGGCAAAGUCUCUCAACUAUACCAACUGGCACAAUGGUCAUCCGGACAAUGGCGGUGACGACAGCGACUAUGACGAAGAACACUGCGCGGAAAUGUCGCAGAAAAAUAACUGGCAGUGGAAUGACAACGGAUGUGAGGAGGAGAAGCAUUUCCUUUGUGAAAAGAAAAUGCUCAAUACCACACUAAUUAACAGACAUGAGUGUAUCUUGUUGGAAAUGUUUUCAUCAUAA